AGGAAAGCUGCCCCUCAGGAAGCUGCCAGGAUCUUUGGCCUGUCCAGGGAACCACUGCUGGCAUGGAGCAAGAGGUGUUCACUCCAGCUCCUGCACAGGACACACAGGUGUCUGCUCACAGAAAGCCUGUACUUGCCAAGGACAGGGGGAAACUGUGCCCUGUGACACUGCCAUACAAGCGAUGGAGGAUGAGCGGGAUAUCCGGCCUGGCAAUGACACACACAAGACCAAACAAGCUCUUGCUGUUUCCAAUGAGAGCACAGGCAAAGACAAUCAAUUCUUGCCCCUCUGCUUUCCACAAAAGCUUUGGAAAAUGCUGGAAAGUGACCAGUUUCGGUCCAUUUGGUGGAGUGAGGGUGGAAAAUGUGUGGCCAUCAACAAAGAUCUCUUCAAAGUGGAGGUGCUGGGCAGGGGAGCUUGUCAGCGGGUUUUUAACACACGGCACAUCAAGAGUGUUAUUCGCCAGCUGAACCUCUAUGGAUUCACCAAAGUGCAGCGGGAUUUCCAAAGAUCUGCCUCCCUGCCUGAAUUCCUAUCAGAGGAAGCAGCAGCUUCUGCUCACAGCCAGAUCCUCUACUACUAUAAUCCCAGCUUUAACAGAGCACAUCCCUGGCUGCUGGGAAUGUGCAAAAGGAGAGCUGCCCUCAAACAGAGAGCCCUUUGUGCAGCAGGGUUGGAUGAAAGGCCCCUCCAGAAGCCCAGAUGGUCAGUGUGGAGGGACAUGCAGGUGUCUGCUGAAGCCCAUCCAUCUCCACUGGCAGCUGCUCCCAUGCUUCUAGAGCCUCUUGGAGCACAGUAUGGAUAUAAAGUCUAAUAGACACAACUAGAUAGAGUUGAUAAUAAACUGUUUGAACAGUAAACCUUCCUGGUUGUUCUGUCCUAUUUGAACAGUGGAAAACUGUCUUCUUAUAUAAUUUUGUGUCUUUAAUGUCUCAUUUGUACUUUAGUGGCCUCAUCAAGACAAAUGUCCCAACACAAACAUGACCAUGUCACGGUAGCACAAAGAGGUGCAGCAAAGGCUGACCUCCUGCUGGCACAAGACAGAAAGUAAGUCAGGAACUUUAUUCUCUGUCUGAGAUGUUGGAAGGGCAAAUGAUCUGUGCAAGGAAGCAAUUGGUUUGGGUGGUGGGCAGUGAGCCCACCACUAUCUGGUUCUGCCUGCUUCAGCUGGCUUGGAAAUACAAAGAACCACUAUCCCCUCACACAGCCCAAUUCACUGCAGGAAUGUCUACCUCUAAUAAUUAUAGUCUGUUCAGAGGGGAAAGUGCUGCAGGGGAGAUGGUCAGGUGGGUGCCAUGGAGUUAAUGCUGGUUGGAACAAGGGCUGCCCUGACAUUCUGCAAACAGGGGCAACCUUCCCUUCUGCAUGUAAAGGCAGCAAAUGUAACAGAUAUCUGGGGUUCUGUGGU